AAUCUUUGGUAGCGAAAUGUCCUUGUUAUUCUUAGAGUCCAUGUUGGCUAUUUAGCUUGCAUGCUAGAGAGAUGACUUGCAUGGUUGUUUUUUGUUUUUGUAAACGCUUGUAUUCCAUAACGGUCCGGUAAAGCGAUUUAACCAUUUCGUUAGUUCUGGUGUCAUAACUUGCAGUUUGCCAACGUAAGUGCAUAUUAUGCUGUUGUACCUUUUUAGCAACUAACCUAGCCAGCUAACGAUGUAGCUAGCUAGUGACGUUAACGUCGCUAUCUAGCUAGGGUUCGUUGUUUUGCUGACUUCACCCAGUGCUAGCAGAUAACAGAUGUCCAUGUAUUGACUUGGGCGUUUUUAUAGCUAGUUUGUAUCUAAGAUUUACAUAUCUUCCUAUGCAGGUAGUGGAUUGACAAGGCCAAGGGCUACCUUUUUUUAUGCCAGCAGGUUGUGUUAAACCAAACUCAUGCAUGGGGUCAAACUGCCCGUUUGGUUUGGCAAAUUUUUUUGAACACAUUCAUUGGGAUAUAUUUACAGAACUAACACAGGUCACGCAUUUAUUUAUACAUCUCGAGCAAUGAAGCUUCAGUGCGAUGUCGAAGUCGUGAACCGGAUGCUUCCCACGUAUGGGAUGAAAAACAAAGGGAAAGGAGCAAGGGCUGUGCUGUCUAUUGGGAGACAUGUGGACAAGACCACACAACGCCACAACAUCUAUCUAAUGAUCUGUACAGCAAAGGAUAGGACAGGCUCAAAAUAUAAGGUUAGUAUCUAGCUAUUUGUUUAUUUAACUACCAGUUGUCUAACUAUGUAGUCUAUGUUUUACAGGUAUACCCCAAGUACACAGGAAGAAUCACCCAACUUCUUGACCUUGUUGGUUGAUAUAGCUACUUUCCAAAUGUAUGAUUACUUCAUUGUAGAAUGGAUGACUUGCAUUUGAUUGAAAUCCAUUUUCUGAGAUAACUUGGGGGGGAAAAAGCUUGUUCAUUUGUGUUAAACUAUUUAGGGUAUUUUUUUCAUUUGUCCACUGUUGAUACUACGGCAGGGAGUUGCCAGGGACCUCACGAUACGAUAUUCUCACAAUACUUAGUUGGCCAUACGAUAUGUAUUGCGAUUCGAUGUUCCAAACACAUUGCUCACCAUAUGUCUGCUGCAGAGGGACAAGAGAGAGCCAUGAUAAUGAGUUUUGAUCAGUCAUGGAAAUAAAAGUGCUGAAAACUAAUAGGCUUUUAUUUAAAAAGAAGAUGGAGAACAAGCUAUGAAGGACGAAUACUGGAAUUUUGUUGCAGGUACAGCCAACUAGCGCAAAAAUGAUAUUGGGAUAUUGUCAAAACGAUAUGAUAUAUUGUCAAAAAUAAUAUCCUGAUAUGUAACUGUAUCUUUGUUUUCCCGCCAUCACUAGUUUAUACAGUCUUAAAAUGUUUUGUAUUUUAGCAGUCAAGUUUUCAAGAUAUUAGACUUUCAAGAACCAAAGUGUCACCGGCCACAUAAUGAUGCAAAAUCUGUACUAACAGUGACCUAAUGAGAAAAAGUUGCAAAUAUAGUUUUUGAGUGGAUUUUCCCUUUAAUAUGGACAUUAAUAUAGUGUGUGGUCUUGCAUUAAUGAGUCACCAGAAAUGCUGGGUGAUUAAUCCACCAUCAUGCUAGGUGAUGAAUCCACCAUCACUUAGUUUUUUGUUCCACGUCUUAUAAUAAUAUGCCAUUUCUAAUGUGUGUACCAAUUUCCUCUACAGCUAAAAGAAAACAUUGAAACAUUCUUCACUAGGUUUGUUGAGGAAGGCAAAGCCACUGUGAGACUGAAAGAGCCCGCUGUUGACAUCUGCUUGAGCAAGGUAUGGAUCUAGACAUUUCUGUAUGGAGGAAUCUGAUCUCCAAUGAAAAAGGGAUAAAAACUAUAAUUUGGCCUUCACGUUCACAUACUACUUACAUUUCUGCUGGAAAAGUAGAGCCCUUACACUGAAAUAACUCAUUUUAGGGCAUGCAUAUUGAACAGUUAACAUUACCCAACAUAUAGAACAUUCAUUUAAAUUUUUACAUUUUAGUCAUUUAGCAGACGCUCUUAUCCAGAGCGACUUACAGUUAAUGAGUGCAUACAUUUAAUUGCUGUAUCCUCCCAGCCCUAAAUAGGAUUUUCAAUCAUCUCCAAUUCAUAACGUAAUAAUUGUGUAAUACACUGAGUGUACAAAACAUUAGGAACACCUUUGUAAUAUUGAGUUGCACCACCUUUUGCCCUCAGAACAGCCUCAAUUCGUCAGGGCAUGGACUCAACAAGGUGUCGAAAGCGUUCCACAGGGAUGCUGGCCCAUGUUGACGCCAAUGCUUCCCACAGUUGGGUCAAGUUGGCUGGAUGUCCUUUGGGUGGUGGACCAUUCUUGAUACACACAGGAAACUGUUGAGUGUAAAAAACCCAGCAGCGUUGCAGUUCUUGACACACAAUCCAUGUCUCAAUAAGGCUUAAAAAUCCUUCUUUAACCUGUCUCCUCCUCUUCAUCUACAGUCGUGGUCAAAUGUUUUGAGAAUGACACAAAUACUAAUUUUCACAGUCUGCUGCCUCAGUUUUGAUGAUGGCAAUUUGCAUAUACUCCAGAAUGUCAUGAAGAGUGAUCAGAUGAAUUGCAAUUAAUUGCAAAGUCCCUCUUUGCCAUGAAAAUGAACUUAAUCUCCAAAAAACAUUUCCACUGCAUUUCAGCCCUGCCACAAAAGGACCAGCUGCCAUCAUGUCAGUGAUUCUCUCGUUAACUCAGGUGAGAGUGUUGACGAGGACAAGGCUGGAGAUCACUCUGUCAUGCUGAUUGAGUUAGAAUAACAGACUGGAAGCUUUAAAAGGAGGGUGGUGCUUGAAAUCCUUGUUCUUCCUCUGUUAACCAUGGUUACCUGCAAGGAAACACGUGCCGUCAUCAUUGCUUUGCACAAAAAGGCCUUCACAGGCAAGGAUAUUGCUGCUAGUAAGAUUGCACCUAAAUCAACCAUUUAUCGGAUCAUCAAGAACUUCAAGGAGAGAGGUUCAAUUGUUGUGAAGAAGGCGUCAGGGCACCGAAGAAAGUCCAGCAAGCGCCAGGACCGUCCCCUAAAGUUGAUUCAGCUGCGGGAUCGGGGCACCACCAGUGCAGAGCUUGCUCAGGAAUGGCAGCAGGCAGGUGUGAGUGCAUCUGCACGCACAGUGAGGCGAAGACUUUUGGAGGAUGGCCUGGUGUCAAGAAGGGUAGCAAAGAAGCCACUUCUCUCCAGGAAAAAGAUCAGGGACAGACUAAUAUUCUGCAAAAGGUACAGGGAUUGGACUGCUGAGGACUGGGGUAAAGUCAUUUUCUCUGAUUAAUCCCCUUUCCGAUUGUUUGGGGCAAACCCGGAAAACACCUUGUCCGGAGAAGACAAGGUGAGCGCUACCAUCAGUCCUGUGUCAUGCCAACAGUAAAGCAUCCUGAGACCAUUCAUGUGUGGGGUUGCUUCUCAGCCAAGAGAGUGGGCUCACUCACAAUUUUGCCUAAGAACACAGCCAUGAAUAAAGAAUGGUACCAACACAUCCUCCGAGAGCAACUUCUCCCAACCAUCCAAGAACGGUUUGGUGACGACCAAUGCCUUUUCCGGCAUGAUGACGACCAAUACUUGUGUCAUUCUCAAAAUCUUUGACCACGACUGUACACUGAUUUGAAGUGGAUUUAACAAGUGACAUCAAUAAGGGAUCAUAGCUUUCACCUGGAUUCACCUGUCAUGGAAAGAGCAGGUGUUCCUAAUGCUUUGUACACUCAGUGUAUAAAUGUCUUGAUCUGAUAUUUAUGCAUCAGCCAGACUUGUCUGAAUGUUGGGAGCAUGUGCUGCAAAUGAGAGACUGUUGUUUCGAAUGGGUGACCAUGGCUCUAAGCUGUGUUAGUUCAGUGUUGACCUUUCCCCUAGAUCUUGUAACACAUUUUCAACCCAUCACACACACAGCCAAGCUGUGGUGCGUACGGCUAUGGUGAUACAGAAAUGGAACCAGGCUAGCAUUGUGAGAGGGAUCAGGCAAUCCUUUGUGUGACUUAUGUUAAUAACAUCUCAUGUGUAUUGUAAUCUUUUUGUAGUUAAAUGUUUCAUCUUGUGCUAGCACAACUUAAGACCAAAGAGAUCUGUGUCAUGGGAACAAAUGUAGGCCUAAUACAAUAUGAUAAAAACCUUGGGUUCUUAGUUGACGUUAUGCAUUUUAAAUGUCCUAUUAUAGGCCUCACACUUUCCCGCCACAAUUAAUGUUUCUCAAUCUGAAGGCUAGAUAGGAAAUGUCAACUUGUUUGAUAUGGAGGGAUUUACUUGUAUAAAUAAUGCAGUCCUUCUCAUGUGAUGCUCAAAUUGUUUGAGAACAGGUACUAAUAGAGCUGUUGUAUUGACUGUUAACCACAAGUGACAUCGGUGUUCUUUGGCUUUCAGGCUGACGCUAACAGCUUGAAGAACUUCCUCUCGGCUGCUCGGUUGGCUCACAGAGGAAACGACACGGACAGCCUGCCCCUCUCUACCCUGACGCCCGUCCGAGCCAGGGAUGUGGAGAAGCCCAAGAAGAAGCUCACUAUUGUAUCCAAGAAGGACUAUCCACUGACCUCCAAUUUCCCCUACUCAUUAGAGCAGCUCCAGGUGUCUUACUGCAAGCUCUCACGGGUGGACAUGCGAAUGCUCUCCCUCAAGGCGCUGCGCAGACUGGACCUCAGUAAUAACAACAUAAAAACACUUCCUGCCACUAUCGGCGAGCUGGGCUGUCUGGCUGAGCUUAUUCUCCACAACAACCACUUGGAGACCUUUAGUGAAGCCCUCUGCCUGUCCAGCCUCCAGCGCACACUUCAACACCUCGACCUGAGUCACAACCGCCUGCAGGCCCUGCCGCCUCAGUUCUGCCAGCUGCGAGAGCUGAUCAACCUCAAGCUGGACGACAAUAGGCUAGUGUGGCUGCCCUUUCGCAUCAGCCGUCUCUCCAAGCUGCGCUUUCUGUCAGCUGCCCACAACCAGCUGGCCCUGCUGCCAGGGGACUUCCGAAAGUUAACUCUGGAGAACCUGGACCUGUUCGAUAAUCCGUUCGCCCAUCCCAACCCCUUGGACCACACCAUACAGCUCACCUUCCCCCUGACACUGCAGGAGAUGGCUGCCAGGGCUGUGGCCAACCUCAGGUUAGUUUAAUUAUUCCUUUCAACAUUUCACCCCAUUACAUGCUUUUACCUUGUUUUGAAGUCUAAACGUGUAGUAUCAUGUAAGGUGUUGUGCGAUAUUUGAGACUAAAUUAUGUUUUUUGUUUACACCACCUAGAAUCCCUUACGGGCCUCAUCUCAUCCCUGCCCACCUUUGCCAAGACCUGGAGGUUGCCAAGACCUGUGAUUGUGGCCGUUCCUGUGUGAACUACUACAUCAAAACAGCAGUUAGCAUGAAUCUGCAUCUGGUCUCUCACACUGUGGUAUUGGUGGAUGACAUGGGAGGAACAGAUGCCCCGGUACAGCAUCACUUUUGUUCCCUAUCAUGUUACUCUGAGUUCCUAGACCAAUGCCUUCAGCGAGGCCUGAGAUGAUUAAGUCCCUCAACUGUUCCAUGGCAAUCGGUAGCUAGGUUUCCAUCCAAUUUGCGACAGAUUUUCGCGCUAAUAUUCUGAAAUCUGCAUAAAUACAAUAUGC